GUGGUCAAAGGCUGUCUUAUUGCAGGAACAAGCGACUCGGGCCAGUCGAGUCUAAUUCAAACACUCUCAGAUUACGACUGGAACUACCCGACUAAUUCUAGAAUCUUCACUUUUAAUCUUGCACCUGCUAUUCUCAGAAGGAGCCAAAAAGUCUAUCUGCUGCUCUUUGCUGGAUCCUAUGAUGACUUCAUCUACCUCAACUACACCUGGAACUCAAUCGCCAAAGGCAUCCCAGACGUCUGGAGUUGGACUGUUGACCCCAAAAUCCAACAAUUCCCGCCCUCUUUUCCAACCAUCUACACACCAAGUCUAACUAAGCUACACGAAGGAAAGGUCACAUUUUUCCGACAAAAUGUAGAUGUAAACGAAAUUGAAGAUUGUCAACCUUGGAAGGUCGUCGGAGGUACUGUUUCUACUACCGAUCACCUCAGUAAAUUAUACAAUAAUUUCAAUAGAAAUCAUCUUUUUAUCAGUGAAAUUGAUAUUUUCAAUCAAAUUAUUGAAAUUGGCCUCAACUCUCCAAUCACUGAUCGAAACGGCAGUGACAAUUAUUCAAAGCCAAGUUUGAUGAUAAUGAUAUCAUUUGCUGUUCUGGACUCCACGAAUCACGUGACUUCGUGGUUUGACCUCGUGACCUCAAACAAGCUUGACCCUAAUUCAUCUUCCUUGAAUAUAAACUCAACAACUUCAUUACACGUAUUUAACCUUACAAAGCUUCCCAACUUAGCAGAAAAUGUUGAGCAUGGAAGUUUCCAUGCGUCAAGUCAGUCGCUAUUUCGGUCUUCUUGUCAAACGAUAUUGCUGCUUCCUUUUCAGUCCAGCUAUCGAAACAAAUGUCGAAAUGUGUGGGACUACUUUAUCGACGCGUUUACUUUUGGAGACCAUUGUCGAGGUCAUAUGUCAACGCGUAAUGGCCAAAUUUUACAUACUAGUUCAAUUAGCAUGCAAAAUAGAAAUGAAACAAUUUCGAGGUGUGUGCAAGAUUCGAACUGCAGACCACAAAUGGUUGCCGAGAUAAUGCCCAUGUCAAUUGGAUAUCGUAAUCCUUGUCCGAAUGACCUUCAAGAUUUAAAUAUUUCGUGUCGAAGUGCAAAGGACACUCAAGGUUCCCAUAGUAGCUCCUCGAUAUCCGUUGACAGUAUCUUGCACCACCUGUUGAUUAGCGAAGUUGGAGGGGUCCUUGACUUCGGCAGCUACCCUGACUUUGUCGAACUCUCAGGGUACCCACUCUUAGCCCUAGACCACAUCACAUUACUCACUGUAUGCAUGGCUGCUGCAAAUAGCCACCGAGAUAUUAUAGAUUGGAAUUCCUUGUCUGGUUCUUCCCUGGAUACCAACGGAUACCUGAUUUUGACAUUGGAUUCCUGGAAACAUUCUUCUUACAGGUGCGACUGUGUUUCGACUGUCCUCGCUUACAACCCAAUGCAGAUCAGAUACUUCGAAAUAGAAGACCUCAUCCACAGUGAAAUCAUAGACGCUGUAGUGUUCAACAGUGCCUCGAGGUCAGAGGUCAAUUCAGGUCAUCUAGUAUCGACCGAAGAAGAGAAAAGGUCACAGAAAGCAGACUAUGAUUACUGCAGUCACAUAUCUAGAAUUGUCACGCCUAAAUCCCACGCAGUUUUUGCUCCUCCUCAAUUCAGAUCUGUUAUUAAGAAGGAAAAUAACUGGGCGCAAACAUCAGAGGGAAUCUCGAUUUCACUGAGCAGGUGUUCCCUUUUCCACCCUGCUAGAAACAACGCCGCUUUCUCUUUUACCACUUCUUCGCCCAAACACUCUAACCCUUGUCCAUCCUACAAGUACUCAAAACCUAUUUUGACCCCCCUCACUUUGGAAACAAAAAAGAUUAAACAACCGCGGAAUCGAGAAAUUCUGUGCGCUGAUUGGUCCAAAACAGAAGAAGAAAGCAUAGUUAGUCAAAUGGCCCAGAUCAUAUCAAAACAGUGCGCCCUAAACGGAACCCUGGUAACUCGACACAAUAUUCAAGACUUCAGCUUACGAUGUUCGGCACAGACUGCAAUAGCUUCCUUUGAUCUUCUGGGUUCCAGUGAAGACAACUUAGAGACCCUUUCAGAGUGCUACUCCUACUCGAUUCGUGACAGUAAACUUAGCCUUCAAACUGGUCACCAAGUUUUCAAGUUUGAUUUUGAUGCCGGUUUAAUAAAUCCAGGCGGUCACCUCUACCAUACAUCAUUUGGACUGCAAUUUACCAUUAAGGAGGCGGCCUUCGCUGUGUGUGGAAUGGCAGUGAGCAUAGCGUGUGUGAUUGUGCUCGGUGUCUACCUCUUCUAUAACUUGAUGAUAAGUGGCUUCAAACUAAGGUCGACAGGAUACCAGCUGCAAAGAAACUCAACAUCCUCAACUGUUUUGAGAACAAUUCACGAACAUCGACGAGCACAAAUGCCGACGUCCACGUCACAACACAAUCUCUUACACUCGAUAUGA